AUGAAUCAGUUUCACUUCGCUAAUUCACCUUAGAACUCUUCCUUUUAGAGGAAUAAUAAUAUUACUAAUAUUAAUAUUAAUAAAUAUUAGGUGUGGUAUCAGUUAUAAGUAUUAAAAAAAAAUCAAAAAGCAAGAUUUUGUGAGAUAGUUAGCAGUUAGCACUGAAAGAAUGCGGUGAGAUGCUUGGGCCCAUGGAGAUAGAAUAAAGACAGCUGGGCUUAAAAUACAAAGAGGGGUGAGGGUCCAUUUCUGAGUGGAGAGUCAUGAACAUGUUCCAUCAUUUUGAAAAAGAAUUGAAUUUGUACCAUCCAUCUCAGAGUUCUACUUGCUACCUGCAAGCAAUCUCAUCAUUUAAUUAAAUGAUUGAACACAACAAAGAUUUAGAUAAAUGAAUUUAGCCCUUUCUCCCUCCUAAGGGCAAUUUUUUGUGUUCCUCUCCUCGGUCAAAAACAGAUAAACAAGAGUAGCAGAAGCAGUAUAUGAAGUAUAUGAAGAUGAUGAUGAUGAGUAAAAGUAGAGAGGAGUGAGUGAAGUAGGAAUUAAUUACAAUGGGUGUUCCUCAAACUCCAACCACAUCACCAAAUCUGUAUCCAGAAGAACUUCAGCUAAAACUAUACCAGGCCUUCAUUUUCUCGAUUCCAAUUCUAUUUUCUAUCAUUCUCUUUCUCUUGUUUUAUUUGUUCUACCUCAAGCGCAGGGCUUCCUCUCUUUCUUCCCCUCCACACUUUCUUCCCACCACUGCACCUUCAACUACCUAUCAUUCCACCCCUUGUCGUUUGGAUCUGACCCCUCAGUUCCUUGACACUCUUCCAAAAGUUUUAUUUGAUGAAGAAUUGAAAGCAAGAGAUUCACAAUGUUGUGUAUGUCUUGGAGAAUUUGAGAUGAAAGAAGAGGUAUUACAGUUCCCCCAAUGCAAGCAUGUAUUUCACAGAGAUUGCAUAUACCAUUGGCUCCAUUCACACUCCACUUGUCCACUGUGUAGGUGUUGUAUCAUCCCAGCCACUAAGUUUCUGAAUCCACCAACCCUCCAUACUCAUCCUCCUCCUCUUGCAGAUGAAGCUGCUUCAGCUUCUGCUUCUUCCAACUAAACGCAACACAUUUUGCAAUCCAGGGCCUCUUUCAAUCCCACACAUUUGUCAACUUCUUCAUAUUUAUACGCCCCCAUGCAUGCAUGAUUCAUCAAAUAAACCAAACCCUUUUUUUGUUUUUGAGCCAUUGCCUCUGUACAUUGGAUUUGGAAUAUUCUAACUUGACAAUAAGCAGAGGGACAUGUCCAUGGAGGUGAAAGACAGUUGAGGAAGCCUGGUAAUGGAGAAACAUUCCGGCAUGCAAAGGGUUGCCAUCUUGCCGUUACUUGUUAAACCAAUUUCAAGCAGAGUUUUCUACACUCCCUUAAGCAGUUAAGCUAGCACGUGUAUAAUUAAUUAUUAGCUUAUAUUUCUAUGACGUUGUAUAUUCUAUCUGUAUGUUGCUUGGCGUUUCCUCUGUCUUCUUUGGCGUUUUAUAUAAUACAUACGAUAUGUCUAUAUGAUAUAUGUACGUAUGUACACAAGCAAAAGAAUAGCGGCAAGCACGGUUAUAACU